UGUUUCCGUGCCCGGCCGGUGUGGGGUCGCUGUCUGAUGGAGGCAGCUGCCGUGGGAGACCACUCACGCUCCGCAGCCCGACGGCGGACCGCAGCUAUUCGGUUGCGACCGAGCGCCUCGCCCCGCCCCUCCCCGCACCAGGUGCCCCAGCAGCGCCCAUGUGUGGGCGGGGGCGGGCGGUCGUUGCGGGGGGCGUUGAGGCGGGGCGGGGGCUCUCCCAAUGGCCGGGUGCGUUUGUCCCUGUGCCCGCCAUCUCUGCGCCCAGCCUCACCGAGCAGCCCGUGGACCGGCGCCGGCCCCUCGCCAUCGGCUUUCCGCCUUCCCCGAGGGGCAGCCGUGGCCGGCGUGUGUCCCCUGUUGCACCUCUGUGAGGUGAAGGUGAAGAGAGCAGAAAUGACGGCCAGGUGUGAGUAGUGCCGGUUUACCUCCAGUGUUCAGUCAGCGUCUGCCGCUGCGGGGUUGUUGGCAGGGCGGGGAGCGGCGCUGUGACCUGGCUCUGAGGACCGCGAGUGUCUCGGGGUCGGGGGGGGCGCGGGGAGGGAUCCACGAGGGUCCCUCGGUCGUGCCGCCUCCUGCUCUCGUGGGGUGUGUUUAUUAGCACUGAUUGACGCCCUUCUUCGGUCAUCCCCCACCCGUGUUUAUCUGUUCUUCCUCAAACAUACUCUGUCCCUGGAGUCGUUGAGGAGUUUAUCUCGAGGACGUGUUGUGGCUGCCAUGGAUUACUUUUGCUCCUUUAUGUAGGCCGUGAAACUCUGCACUGUAUUUUCAGUCACGAUCUUGAACCUUCCCACGUUUUCAGGAGAUACUGCAAAAGCUAUUUGAGUGAGCAGAAAAGUACAGAAGUUUUACAUUUGAUGCUGAAACCUUACCCUUUGCCCCAUCCUCUCGUUUUCUUGGAAUAUUUUGGCAUACUAAAUAACCUGCCAGCACUGAUGGCACUAAAUCUCUUGAAGCGCACCCUUCUAAGGGCAUUGUGUCUGACAGGAGGGGAAUGUGGGUGGUUACUGUGCUAAAAACUUGCUGUUUGUCACUAUGGGGGAAGCAGUAUCUAAGGUAUGCUUCUCUGGUUCCAUGGGAUGAGGAGGAUGAAGAAUUCUCCAAGAUACCAAGAAAAGAAACACAAAGGAGAGAAAGAAUGAGUACAAGCCAGAUGGGCUUUUUAAAAAGUCAGCUGAAGAAAGCUAUAGGCCAUAGGAAGGCCAUAGUUGACUUUUGUAUAGGUGAUAUUCCAGGAAGAGGCUAUCCCUGCCAGAGCUACAGAGAUAGUAGCGUGUUUGUCCAGGGAACAGCUUUCAGACUGUGACUCUUCCUCUUCACCUACUGUUUUAAAGCAUAAACAAUCAGUGGAUUUGCUUUCUGCCUCCAGAGCCAAUCAUCGUGCCAAAGAACUCAGGAAGUGUGCAGAUGAUGUUUAGGGAAGCCAGGUGAGGAAUGGUAACAAGUUAAUCUUAUGCAAAUAUGUGGCAACUGUCUUUAUUGUUUUACUUGAGCCCUGAAGCUUGAUCCUCUUCCAUUCAAGUAAAUAGAAGAAUCCAGGUGACUUUAAUGGAAAAGGACUGAGCCCCUUUUGCCCACAAUAAACAAAGGAUUUUUUAUGUGCUCUUACCUGAGCUAUACACUAA